AUGACCACCAACCCAGUAGUUCAAAAAGCAGUAGAUCUGCAGCGAUGGCCACAUGCCAAACUUCUGGUUCACACCUGCAACCAGUUCCUUCAGGAAAUCCGAGAUCUUACUCCAGGCCCUGAGCUCGAAGCUCGCCUGAACCGUGAAUAUGGUCCUGGGCAUCCAUACUAUGAAGAUAUGUGUAAACUUGUCAAAUUAGGCUUGGAAGAAGGCUGGGUUGCCAGUGAGCCACUGGAUGGCCCCAAAUAUCGCCGAAGCCGCGUCGCCACUCCAGGCCCCGAGAACAAUUAUAUGAGCAUCACCACUGUCUUCUUCGAUACCAAUGAUGUAUAUUCCGGGCAGCCGCAUUCCCAUCCAUACGGAGAAAUAAACUGUGUCAUUCCUCUUAAUCCUGGGGCCGAACUGGAGGGAUUUCAAGGCUGGCAGGGUGCCGGUUGGACCAGUCCCUCUGCUGGAACAUGUCACUAUCCCCGCGCGAGAGGCGGCGCUGUAGUGGCCUUGUUUUUUUUGCCUGCAGGGAGGAUUUCUUAUAACGUGGAUUUAUGA